AUGGCGCCCAUGACCAAAACCUCGGGCCUCUCGCCGCUGCUCCCCGUGCCGUGGGCAGGCGUCCGCGCCUGGCUCGACGAGGCCGAGGCCACCUCGGCCGCGUCGGGCGGCAGCACCGCGCACCUCGCCCACGCCCAGCUGCUCGCCCUCUCCCAGCUCGUCACCUUUGGCGUCGACGAGCCGGUGCUGCCCAAGGAGGACUACGUCAGCAAGCUCAUGCGUAUGUCGUCGUCGCCGGUCCCCGAGGACGACCACCCGAUGCAGGAUGGCGUCGACGCCGUCCGUUUCGCUAACGGGCCAGAAUUCACCCAGGUGCACCGCUUCGGGCCCCCGACCUUUGAGAUGAGCGACCCGGUCGACGUGCCGUUUCGCGGCGCGUUCCAGCUGCGUUGGGGCUGCCAGUGCGUGCUGCCGUGGUGCGGCAAGCGCUUUCCCAGCGGCGACGAGGCGCGGCCGCCGGUGUUGUUUGGGAACAAAAAGGAUGCCAAACAGUAUGCCGCCAUGCUCGCCGUGGAGUAUCUCAAGGGCGCAACAAGGCAAAUGGCGACAUCGCACACGCCUCGCGAGACGCCCGAGAAGCUGGGACUUUCAGAAAAUAGCUCCCAGAAUGCUCCUCAGCAGCCGCAGCCCCCUGCACCAUCGCACACGGCGCCCACACAACCGCUUGCUCUGCCCCAGCCAGCGCAGCCGCCUGCGCAGCCCGCCACGCCCCUGACCCCCCAGAGCCCCCUCGCCCCCCUCGUGCUCACCGCGCCCGGCACCCCUCCUCCGUCGACACGUGCCAAGCGGCCCCUUGACUCGCCCACCACGCCCGGCCCGGCCUCACCCCUCAAGCAGCGUCAUCAGCGCCACUCACCCACGCCGCCGCCGCCCGCCACCGCCGCGAUGCCCUUUGUCUCGCCCAAGGGCCGCGGCGCCGACGCCGCGGCGGAGCAGAGCCGGCUCUUUGGCAGCAUCGCGCGGCUCUGCGCGCGCCUCGGCGUGUCGCAGCCGCAGUACCGCCUGGUCCCGGACCUGGACCGGCCGAGCUUCUUUAGCGGCCGCGCCGAGUUCUCGGUCGGGUCCCGCGUGCCCGAUGACAUUGCCGUCGUCCGCAACGUCCUGGGUAAGAAGCAGGCGCGCAUCCAGAUUGCGGAGCAGGUCCUGGCGUGGAUGGAGAAGGAGGAGAUGCGCCGGCAGCAGCUGGUGGAUGGCAUGCUGUCUUGA